GUGUGUGUGUGUGUGUGUGUGUUGUAUGAUACAGGCACGACACACGGCGCCGCGUGUCGCUCGCCGUUGCCCAUAUCGCGACUAUACUUUUCGAUAUAUAUAUAUAUAUCUCACGUUCCGCCGUUGAUCGUGAGAUAAAUCCCGCUGUGCUGUGUCCCUCCCCCUCGACGUUCGCGACGCAAGCACGUCGUGCAUCGUAGCGGUUACGUUGUGAUCCGUGCCGUCGCAUCGACGCGGUUGAUAUCCACGGCACGGCACGGCCGCCGCGUAGCGCAGCGAUCGAUAGCCGCGAUCGAUAGCAGGAUUCUCGCGCGCGCGCGCGCGCGUGUGUGUAGAGUGGGUGCACGCAUAUAGGAUACAUAUCGGAUAUACGUAUGUGAGAACGUGCGGGCGCCCUCGCUCGCACGAAGGAAACGUUUAUUAUGCGACCGCCACACGAAGAAGUCGCUUUAUAAUCGCGAUCGACGAUAAUCGGAUUAACGGAACAGAGAGAAGACGAGAGAUACAGAGUAGGAGAAGAAGAAGAAGCAGCAGCAGCAGUAACAGCGGCAGCAAGAGUUCAAGAUAGAGGGAGAUAAUCACUGCGACGGACGAGGACACGACGGGCGCUCGACGGCCGCUCGCUCGUCGUCGGUCGCCGCGGCGGGCUCGCCGUGCUUAAGGUCUCGGCGCGCGCCAACGACAGCGGCGGCGGCGACGACGACGGCGACGGCAGCGGCGGCGACGGCGGCAGCAGCGGCGGCGGUGGUGGUGACGGUGGCAGAGGACGACGAACACGACGACGCAACGACCGCCGACGACGACGACGAGGACGGCGACGAAGAUAUGGACGAGAGUCAGCUGUUUAUGACGGAACUCCCGGCGGCGCUGACGCCAAGCGGCGGCACGACGUUGCUGCAUCGGCCGGGCCACUUUUACCACCUGCACCAACCGCACCUGGCGACGCCGACGCCGCAGAGCCAGGCGAUCCUCCAGCAUAACUCCGGCAGCACGGCACCGCACUACGGCACCAACGGCAACGGCGGCGGCGUUGGUGGUGGCGGCGGCACCGCGGGUGGCGGUGCGGCCGCGGCCGCUGCCACGGCUGCCGGUCUGCCGACCUACGCGAUGAUAGGCCAGGGCGGCAUCUCGUCCCGUCACCAGCUGCACUCGCAUCAUCAGGCGCACCAACGCGGCAACGUGGCGGUGCACGGCCAGCUUAUCGCCAGCACCCACGUGUCCUGUUUGUAUCCGGAAAUUCUCGCACUUAUCUUCAGUUACCUAGAUGUGCGCGACAAGGGACGAGCCGCGCAGGUGUGCACCGCGUGGCGCGACGCCGCUUACUACCGCUCGGUCUGGCGGGGAGUGGAGGCGCGAUUGCACCUGAAGAAACAACCGCCAGCGUUGUUCGCGAGUCUGGUGAGACGCGGCGUCAAGAGGAUACAGGUACUGUCACUGCGACGCGGUCUCGGCGACGUCUUGAAAGGGGUACCGAAUCUUGAGGCACUCAACUUGUCCGGCUGUUACAAUGUCACUGAUACCGGUCUCAUGAACGCCUUCUGCCAAGAGUACCCGGCUCUCACCGAGCUCAAUCUUUCGCUCUGCAAACAGGUAACGGAUACGUCGUUAGGCAGGAUAGCGCAGAACCUGAAGAACCUCGAGCACCUGGAGCUAGGCGGCUGCUGCAACAUUACUAAUACUGGUCUACUGGUAAUCGCGUGGGGCCUCCAGAAACUCAAACGGCUCGACCUGCGUAGCUGCUGGCACGUAUCCGAUCAAGGCAUCGCACAUCUGGCUGGCCUCAGCCACGAGGCCGAGGGUAACCUCGCCUUGGAGCAUCUGAGUUUGCAAGAUUGUCAGCGGUUGAGCGACGAAGCGCUCCGUCACGUAUCGCUCGGCCUCACCACUCUCAAGUCCAUCAAUUUAUCGUUUUGCGUGUGCAUCACCGAUUCCGGUGUUAAGCACCUCGCGCGGAUGUCGAGCCUUCGUGAGCUGAACCUUCGGUCGUGCGACAACAUCUCUGACAUCGGUAUGGCGUACCUGGCGGAAGGUGGCAGUCGCAUCACAUCGUUGGAUGUGUCCUUCUGCGACAAGAUCGGUGAUCAGGCGCUCGUGCACAUCUCCCAGGGGCUGUUCAACCUCAAGUCUCUGUCGCUGUCUGCCUGCCAGAUCAGCGACGAGGGUAUCUGCAAGAUCGCCAAGACCCUGCAUGACCUCGAAACCCUCAACAUCGGCCAGUGCAGCCGGCUCACGGACCGCGGACUGCACACCAUCGCUGAGAGCAUGCGGAACCUCAAGUGCAUCGACCUAUACGGUUGUACCAAGAUCAGCACAGGCGGUCUCGAGCGUAUCAUGAAGCUACCGCAGCUCAGCACGUUGAAUCUUGGCUUGUGGCAUGUGCGGUGAUGGCUUUUUUCGCGGCAGAGCACUCCAGAAUACCGAGACGAGCAUCAACGUCAUCAUCAUCGUCAACAUUAUCAUUAUCGUCACCGUCACCGUCAUCGUCACCGUCACCGUCACCGUCAUCGUCAUCGUCAUCGUCACUGUUACCAAGGUGGCGGCAGAGACGACGACUCCUCGCGGCGGCCCGGCGACAACGCCGUCUUCGCGCGCAUGUUCCUGCCGCAGGCGGUAAGUACGUUGCCGCCGCUCGGGACACGAAGCCGCCCGAGCGCCUUCGACACCGGCGUCCUCGACGCCGUCGGCGAAUAGCGUUAGCUCGAUUCUCCGCCCGAGACAGCGGGGAAUCCCCCUUUCUCGACAGGGAUGGGAGGGCAGUAACCGCCCGCUCUCGCGGGACGCGGUCUUUUCAAGAAUGUAACGUUUUCGUCCCCUCGAAGAGAGUAGGAGGGGGAUUUCCUUCCCCAGGAAGCGACCGUCCCGGGCACGUAUAUAUUUUCCAUCGUACUCGAUCGUCGUACUUGGUCGUCGACGAUCGCUAGAUUAAUUUUCGACGAUGGGUCCGACAAGUCGCCGCGGACGACUCGUCUCAGCUCUGCGGCUCGAUCGACCCGCGGAAAUUUAGGAAAAAAAAGGAAACAAAUAUCGCAUCUCGGGCUUCUCCGUUCCGUUACUGUAUAUCCGCGAGGCUGCGAUUAUUGUACGAUUGUCGGAACGGCAGGACGCGAUACGUAGGCGAUUGGUAGGACGAGGAUCGAGAAUAAUAUUAUUUCCACAAUUUUCCAAAAGGUAAAAACGACACGCGAAAAGAGCCCUUCUGCCGAGUGUUGCGAUUACGAAUGAUGUCACAAGCGACACGUGAAGAACACGGAUUUCCGUAUAUCCAUGGUGACGAAAUUCAAACUCGGCGAAAUAAUAUCGAUCUCGAUCCUUAAAUCAAUUGUUCUUCUGGAUGGGUCAGCAUGCGUGAAUUACGGGGACAUUGAUUGGUCACUCGAUAGCGUCUGUGUAUCCUGAAUAAACCGCAUUACAUCAGACAGGUGUCGAAAGGACGUUGUUUUAAUUUUACUGGAUACAUCGGUUGACUUGACGCAAUAGGCUUGUGUUAUGUCUCCUUUUCUUCGUACGAACGUUUUGGAUAAACGCGCUCCUCUCGGUAACAAUUAAUUAGUAGUCGCUAUUGUCUCCAAUUAAUACUCGCGCUGUACACGAAGCAACGAUAUUUCCAUCCUUUUUUCUUUCCUCCAUCCUUCAUUAAUCGUAUUCACAAUACUCCUGUUAUCGCAUUGAUUGCAAAUCUGCUGUAAAUUAAUGUAAUUAAAAAAAAAACAUUAAUGUAAUUGCUGUAAUUGUUAAGAUACACCAGUGUUUCUUUUCUACUUUGUAUCUUUUCUACUUUGAGUUUUUAUUAUACAACUUGCAGCAUUUUUAAAGAAAUUAGAUUCGAAUUUUAUGAUACAGGUGUCGCAUCGAAGAUGAAGUCUGUUUUAAAUUGUUCUCAUUCUUCAUCUUUCGUCUUAAUGUCAAUUAAGACAAAAAGUCGAUACUGAAUUUUUUCAGGAAUUCCUCAGUCGAUAUCUUAAUAUUUCAUGUUGUUAAUAUUUCACGUUUAUUUUACAUAAUUAGACUUGGCGGUCGCUUUUUACUCGAGUUUUCGGUGACAACUCGUGCUGGGUAUUUUACGAGAUACCUAAGUGAAAUAAUACUAAUUCGAUCGCGUCUUCGAAGAGGCCUUGUUGAAGCACGAAACGAUUGAGACUCCUUCGUACACGCUGCUGUUGUGAGACACAUCGUGCGAGGAGUAAAUUCUCGUUUCUCUUGACCACCUUGGACGGACCUCGCGACAAUGAAGCGUAGGACGAUGCAUUCGAUGAGUCUCGUAUGCAUCGCGAAUGCAAACGCGGAGUUGUCCCAGCUGGAUAACCGGCGACGAAUAUUUGGAAGGGGACGCCAAUCUUCCAGUUCAUCUUUCUCAUUGCGUUUUUCAAUUCCAAUAAUAAUGAUAUAAUGAUCAUUCAAUCGAUCUCUUUUGCACAGAGAACGCAUAAAAUGAUCUUUCUCUCGACUCUGCUGUCAACACGCUUUCGCGAUAAUCAUGUAACGUGUUCAAUUAAAUUAAACUUUCUGCCAGAAAAGAGGUCGCGAGACAAAGACAAUAUAUCAGAUCAGACGCGAAGCUAUCGAGAAUUGAAAUAUAGGAAAGAUAUUCCCGUGCAUUUUACAAUUGAUUAAAAAAAGAAUAACGGAAUAUCCCGAAUUAUAUCUAGUGCGUGAGAGCGGUAAGAAAACCUGAUGUGUACCGCCGCGCAAAUUUCGGUUACUAUUCAAUUCAGUCAGGUCCAAAAACCUGCACACAUGCAUAAAGAACGCCCAAAUUUAUGAUAGGACAAGGUACUCGGCUGAUUAGCUCGGUAAAGGUUUAAAAAUUCGUCCAAACGUUGCCGCGUGAGAAUUACACGCUUUUUGCAUUGAGGCGACCUUGGUGUCCGUUCCACGCUUCUUUUGCAUAUUUAAUGCAAUAAUUGUAGUCUACCGGAUGCGACAGAGAUCGCGAUCCGCGAGAGAGUCCGCUACGAUGAUAAAUAUAAAGAGCAAAACUCUUUGCCACCUUUUUAAAUGUUUACGUCACUGCUGCACUUUUCGUUAAUGGACGAGCUUUGUACAUUAAGAUGUACUAGAAAACUAUGGUUACGUAAUGCGUGUUACGCUAUACCCUGUCAUCGGUAAAUAAUAUCCUAAUGCUCGUAAAGAUCGCUAAAAGCACUUUUAAACGCGCCUGGGAUUAAGCAAUAUCACGUUUCGUUCCGCGUGAGCCGCGGGGCAGAAAUUAUACAUAUCUUUUGUUUUCGCAAAAUAGAACGACCAUUUUAUAUUGUUAGCAAGAUUAAGUACCGCUCGUUAAGUUUGUUUUGUUCAGCCAAAUACAAUAACAUUACUUUUGUUCGUUCGUUAUUGAUUUCGCAAAUUCGUUAUCAGUGAGGCGCGAGGGUUUAUUUAGCGAGAAACUCAUUCGAUAAUCGACGCACGUGGAAUCGAUCAAAAAACAAUAAGAUUGAUAGAAAUUCCGAGGAAUACCUGACGCAACUAGAGUGACAAAAAACGCGGAAACGCGGAAUCGGAUUGUAAUAAUCAACGGCACGAAAGCCUCAGAUUUUUGAAUGCAUGAAGUUGCAUUCGUCAUAAGCUACAAAUAACUUUAGUUUUUUCUUAACAUAUAACAAAGAAAUGCUCGUUUUUAUAUUCAUACGUGAUUAAUAUCUUCAGGGGCAUUCGUAGAAGCUUCUUGACGUCGAGAGUUGCGGCUUCAUGCUGAGAUCAUCGAUACUGCAAAUAUUCUUGUUCUAUCCACCGAAUCGUCCGUGACGCCGAUAUUAAUAAUUUUUUCUCGUGAUUUGCAAUUCAGCAUGAUGAUGUUGGAUUGAUUAUCAUUAGUUUUAUGUCUUUAUAACUCAAGCGACUCGAGGGGCAUAAAAAAAAUAUGUUUCAAUAAUAAGCGCAUGUCGCGGGGGGUUGAUUCAAUCUUCGAGCAGAAAUGAAGAGGUAAACUAAAGAUAAAGCAACGGUAACGAAUCUGCGGUGCGACAUUAAUCCCGAUAAAAAAUUCGUUACACGCUGAAUGCGACUUAACUAAUCACGGGAAAAUGAAACGUAGUUCGUUAUACUUUGCUCGGGCAGCGGCGGCGGGGAAUGACGGUAAUGCCAAGAUUGCACGUGAUACUUCUCGGCUAUUCAGGGACUAUAAUCAUCUUUGCUCGUUCACUCAGCGCGUGAAUUGUUCAGGGGCACCAGGACGCUGCACCGCCAAGAUUAAAUCCGAGUUAGCUAGGUGUCCUAAUUAGAUUUCAAAUAAGUUGCGCGCCUUCCGUGCGCCACGGUGCAAGACGGGGAAAAAUAUCGCAAAAUAUUCCUUUGAGAGGGCGCAUCCCUCGUUUAACAAUGAGAAACGGCGUGCAGUUUCGCGCAGAGCAGCGCAGCCGCCGCGAACACGAGGAUGAUCGGCGGUAUUAAAUGAUUAAUUGCGAGAAAUUUAAUGGCGGGAAUAAACAAAGAGAAUCAACGGGACACGAAACAACCCCGUCGUCGCGAGAAUCCGAAUUUCACCCCCGUCGAGCGCGCCCCGACUGCGAUUUCCGCGCUUAUUUAUUCGGGGCAACGCGAAAGUUACGUACUUCGGGGUCUUUGUAGUUUCGUACGUAGAGAUCGUGGAGCAUUCGUUCGAGGAGCGAGAGAACGAGGAGAGUAGGAGGAGGAGCAGCAGCAGGAGAAAGAGGAGGAUCAAACCGUACGGCAUGCGUGCACGACGCUCGCCCAUCGUCUCUCUCUCCCUCCCUCACUCUCUCUCUCUCUCUUCCCCUCCGUCCCUCCCUCUCCCUCUCCUUCUCUUUCUUUCACUCAAGUUCCUUUCAUGGAACCUGAACAUUCCAUCGAAGGAGCAGCACGAAACUUGCUGCUGCUACUCCUGCAGAAAAAAAAGAGAAAAAAAUGGGUGCGCGCCGAAAGUUUCUUUCCCCCGUCCCCCUUUUUUUCGUGCCCCUCCGACGUCGACGUGCGUGCCUUGCUCUACGUAGGAGUCAUCGUGCAUCGACGUAUCUCGCCGAUAGACGAUAUCCUUGGCUCACGUUGCUCCUUUUGUCUCUCUUCCCCCCUUCCCCUCUCUCUUUUUCCCUCGCGCUCUCUAUCUCUAUCUUCUCGGUCGAAAGAAGCGAUGCACAGGAGAGAAACGGUAAACGACGCUGGCUGCGUUUGCCGCGCUCAGCCGUGUAAGAGAGCGUGGAGAGUGUAGAAAAUUCAGACCAGUUUUCGUUAGCGAUCGUCUGUUAGUGCUGAUCAGCGUGGAGCAUUCGUAACGAGUCGCACACAGGCGUCUUCGACUCUUUUUCCAAGUCCCUGCGGGGAGGUUUUUGAGAUUCACGUUUGUAAACAUACAGGCGGCAUCCGUGCUUUCGACGCCAGCAAGAUCCGCCAAUAAAAGCCCAGUCAGUCUCUUUUGGCCUAAUGAGUGCAAUAUUUUUAUUUUGUUUUUUUUUUAGAUGAAACGCGUGCAUUGCCCGUACUGUGGCGUGCGUUUAUUAUCCCGCAUCGCGAAACAAUUUUUGGAGAAUGGAAAAGAUAAUUUCGGAUUUAAGUUAUAAAGUUAAUUAUACGAGUUAAUGGUCGGUCCACUAUUCCAUGCAGACUCGACGGGCGGACACGCGCGCGUCGUACUAUUUCUGUUUCCGUCAGUACACUCGGUAUUUCAUUUCGCUUGAUAAUGAGUCAUCACGAUAAUUUGCUGAUUCUCGAUUAUAUAGAGACUCCGACAACGCCGUUCACCGUUGUUUGUUUCUACAAUUCGUACGCGCGUAAAGAAAAGAAAAGUGUAUCGCUCGAAUGAUGGAAGGAAAUCGUUUACGAACGUCUGCGAUGCGUGCGCGAAUCGCGCGGUCCGCGGUUUCCCAAGAAAAGAUGCUGCAACCUGGAUUCACGCCGAGCGAUUUUUCCGUCCCGAUAAGCCCGAGCUCUCGCGACCUGCUUGGUGGCGGCGGCGAUAUUCCUGACAUUUGUGAGAAUUUUUGGGCGUGCCUGUACCGGAAUGUACCAGGCGGCUGGUAUUCAGAAGCAGUGGGACCGAAGGGCCGACAACGGCGGCGUGGUUCGUCUGCCCGCAAGCCCCGGGUCUUGAAAACCUGAAUUUCAACCGCUCACCUAGACCCGAUGGCCUCCGAAACCGCCGAAAACGCAUCGCCGUACGUGGGAUCGUAGUCGGGCCUUCGCGAUGGUACGAACCUUGGAACAAUAGCAAUAUUAUAUUUAAAAAAAGAAAAGAGAAGAGAAAUACCUUUAAUCGGCGAUCGUUCUUAGUCGCGAUUAGCUUGAAAUAUUAUUUUGUAUAAUUAUAUUGUAAUGUUGUAUUGCUACGUAUAUUCCUGUCCUGUUGUUUAGCGUUUUUAAUAAUAUGGAUUGUAACGUAUAUUCCGUAUUAAAAACCGGACGGACAUAUGUUACAACGCAAUAAAUAUCCGAGAAUUAACUACGAAGAAUGCUGAACUGCUCCAAAGAAAAGAGUAAUAAUAGAGUAAGAAUUGAAGCGCACGUCGAAAUGUAUAUCUGCUACUAAAAAAAGGCGAGUUAAGAGUACGUGAUGAACGGGAUUUGCGUUUGUUUAUCGAAGGAUAUUUCAUUGUCCGCUGCAAAUUCUGCUCGCUAUCCGUAUCCCGAUAAUGUUACCAUCGGUAUAUCAGUCUACAGCCCGGCUCUAUUAUUGUAUUGUCCGGUUAAGGGUUAUCUUCCGAGAUGAGUUUACUAUCAACCAAGCAAGACUCGCUAUGCUACGUCGGGUACGAACCGCGAAACAAAUUGUGAAUAAAAAGUAAAGACCGUCCAGUCUUCACCGCGCAUUCGAUAUUCAUGUUAUUUUAAAAACCGUUGCAGCUUCUUCCCAAAUUCAAUCUGCGUUGUUUGCCGGUUAGAAGCAAACGAAAUGUAUGUGUGUGAUUAUCGAAAUCGGUUUUCCCAUUAACUUUCGUAUUUUGGGAAAUUUUGGAUUAAUGAAAUUCGUAAUUUUUCAACUGCAGCUCUCGGCAAGUUCUCUUUCUAAUUAAUUAAUUCAUUAAGAGACUCCGUAACAUCUCAUGCCAAGUACAUCUUUUUGCAAUGUGAUUUGAACAUGCACGCGUUAUGGAAUUAACUGGACAAACAGAUCCACCGAAGACAUUUUGAGAAAGCCGCAUUAGGGGACUCGAUUGUUGUAGAGACUUUGUUGAUCCAGAGCUACCAAUUUGCCAAUCGCUCUCUUUUUCCUUCUUGUCUUUCUUGCUCUAUCUUGCAGCAGACAGCUUGCUAUCGUUGUAUACGCGUUAAAGAAGGUAUAUUUCACUUGGAAUCGGAAGACGAACUUUCUCCUCGAGAUGUAGUCCCGUGUACAUGUCACGUUCGCGUCACGCAACGUCUUCUCAGGCGCGGAAUAGCGUCUAAGGAUAACACAACAGCGAGACGUCCGAAUCUUGAUGUUUUACAACCACAAGGUACUCUUGCGGUUUCGAUUCGGCCAGCCCACAUUCGUCCGAACCUUUUUCUCUUCUCUGCGCAACUUUCCUUUCCUUCCCGUAAUAACUCGUGCUUCGACAGGGGAAAAUACGAAACUGAACGGUGGAAAUUGUGAUCAGCGUCUUCUCACGGAACACAUUGUUCCUUGUGCCACCUCCGAGCUGGGACGUUGACUCGUUGUUAGUCAAAUUUCCUAAAGACCUGUGAAACAAUUGUCAAUAGAGCGAAUGACUCAAGAUCAGCAAAUCAGAAGUGAUUUGUCCUCGCUUCAGUUUGAAUUUAAAUUUACUUGCCGUUACAUCUCGUGAUCGCGAGGGAUCGAUUAAUCAUGUCGAAAAUUCUUCGUUCGUUAAUCCUCCAUUCGCUCCGCGCCUCGUCGUGUUUCGCACCGUUGUCCGCGCGCUCCGCUCGCAGUUGUAAAACGGUGGAAGCUUCGAAAGAAGCGGCAACGAAACAAACGAGCGGUCCAUUACCGACCACGUAUUCGACUGGCUUAUGAACGAGCUUAUGAACACAAUUAUUCUCGUCGCUUCUCGCCGUUUAAUCCUUCGCGCCUCGUCGUCGUCGUCGUCGUCGUCAUCAUCAUCAUCGUAGAAGGAACUCACGCGCGUUUUACAACGGAUCGCUAUGCGUCCGUUUUAAAAAACGUGCCACAUGACACACAAGGGUGGUGUAUCCACUUGUGUACGCAGCAACGAAACGGAACGGGACGGGACGGGCGGGAGAGGGGAGAGGGGGGCGUGUAGAUCCAGAGGGGAGCGGCGAAUACGGGGGGGAGCAACACGCACGAACAUUGCAUACAUUCCUAACGGCAGGUGGGGGAAUUCAGAUCGCGAGUGGUGCCGACGAAAACCGAGACCGGCCGAAGCUCGCCGGUGGAAGACAGAGGAAAAGAAAGAGAGGAGAGCAAUGAAGAAAGAGAAAGAGAGAAGAUGGAAAGAGAGAGAGAGAGAGAGAGAUAUAUAAAACGUCUGUAGUCGUCGUGGUAGCAAGGGAAUAUCAUAGGGGCUGGGAACAGGAGAGAGAAAGAGAGAGAAAGGGAGCAGACGAGGAGAGACAGAGAGAGAGAGAGAGAGAGCAGGAAUCUUCGUAUGAGUCUUCUCUUCUCUGGCUACCCUAGGUUAGGUGCUAUUGUAAUCGAUUGGAGAUGCGGGACUUCUCCUGACCCUCCUCUCUGUCUUUUUCUCUCUCCCUUCUCUCAUCUCUCUCUCCUCUCUCUCACACACACCAUCUUCGACCCCUUGCCUGCUAUAGAGACUCGUUACUCAUUGUCUGGCAACCCCUGUGCGCCGGGUACGAAGGCAUGUGCACCGACUCACCAUCACGUGCACAUGACCCGUACGCACACACUGACACACACACACACACAUACACAAACGGAGCAUUGCGCGCAUAGUAUGGUUCGGUUCGUGGGGCUCGCCCCGUGUGGGGUUAGAAGCGAAACAACCUCCUGGACGUUUCCCUUCGUGGGACCGCCUGCACGAACCGUCAUGAGGUGUCGCGCAAGGCAUCCUCGUCCCUUCCGCUUGAUAAAGGACGCCGUGCACUCCGCUUCCCGACGCGGAUCUGUCUCUCCAAGUUGCGCGUCGCAUUUGGUUGCAUUCUCGAGAUCAACGAAAAUCACGCGAAAAUUUGUCGCAAAUGAACGCGACGCCUGCGACUCCAAUUGCGAUGAAACAGUACGUUUUCCAUUGAUAACAUUAUCUCGUGGCCUUCUAUAAAUUUAAUAAUUUUAUCAGUUGCAUGCUUGCAUAAUAUGUAUUUCUGAUUUUAAUAACAUAAACUACUCUGUGUUAUUAUGUCAUCGAUAUUAUCGCCGAUGUCUUUGUAUUAUAUUUUACUUUUUUUUUUCAUUUUUCAACUUUUAGAUAUUUGAUUUUCUGUUGUUCGUUCUGUAAUGAAAAUAAUGAAAAUAAAAUCAUUAUUGUAUUUUCUACACAUAUAUUAAUGUGCAUACAAGAAUUGUGCUAGUUUACAUGAGAGUAAAUAUCAAUUGGUGCUUUUUACAUUCGACUUGCUAUGCAACUCGUAAACUCAUGAAUCGAGAGUCGAUAGCGUAACGCUGUAACGUGGAUGUCUCGUGCUCGUGUCUAUCCGAAAGUCUCGACUAGACUGAUUGUCUCUGUGCGCAGGAUCUCCACAGAAACCCUUCUGUCAGUGGUGAUUUUUCACGCAAGCGCAUGAUACGAGGUGCUCAACCUAAGGCGCCACAAGAUGCGCACGUGGUCCCCGUAGAAUGCAGAAAGCUGACAUUUCAAUCUCCAAAGUAUCACACGUUGAAUAAUUGUAGAAAUGAAAUCAAAGACAAAUGUCACAGCUGGUAAUAAUAAUAGUGCUUGUAUCAAGCAUGUAUGACAAUCUUAUAUAUUCGAAUUAUCUUUAUUCUUCAUUCUCAGUAAAAAAUCAGAAUUUUCAUUAAGGAUUAAAAUCCCUAAUUAUCUAAUGAUCUCUCUUUCGACGGAGGCGUUCCUAGUCGCAAUUUUCUUUCAAGGAUAAUUUGAGUUUGAGAAAAAGACAGCAAUCUUUCAGGCUAUUAGCGAUAGAGGCUGGUUAGACGAAUAUACAGAAUAAUCGAAUGCAAUAAUUAUUUCUAAACCGGAUAUUAACGAACUGAAUAAGGGUACAGUAAACAGACGCAUUGUGGUACAAGAAACAGCAGCUGCGUGGGCUAUUGUCGUAUUCGGGUCUAAUUCUCAUAAAUCUUUUCCAGGAAGCUACCAGAUCUUUAAAUGGAAGAGUUUCCCUUGACAGAAAAAGUUCUCACAAUAAUACUUGUCGAUUCGUACAAACAAGGCGGCAUCGUUCUGACUGGGAAGUAAUUUUUCGAAAUUUCGGGACUUUAAAAAUCCCAGAUUACAAAAACAAGCACUUAUCUAUUAGAAGAAAAAAGCGUGCAAUUUAUACGAUGGAUGUGUACGUGUAUUUGGAUCUCGCAAAUUGCGAUUCCAACGGUUCGAUUAUUUCGAUCAUUGUGAAAAUUUGUUGAUCGCAUUACCAUAUGGUAGUGCAAAAUAAACCCCCCAGCGCGCACGUUGCAAAUGAUUGUUACUUUCGAAUAAAGAGUGAGCGCUGCUUCAUAAAGCAAUCACUCGAUAAUUAGUUAUCCUUUCCCGAAAUUCCAAAUAAAUCAAAUCCCAAAUAAUCAAACUCGCCUGGAUUAUGAUACAGACCAAAGGAAAGGUAUUUCGUUAUAAAAUAAAUAAAAUCCUUUCCAAGAAUUAUAUUAAUUAAUCUACGUAUCGAAGACGCGAUUUUACUUUCGAUAUACUGUCUGGUGAUUAUCUCCUAAGGAGCGCAGUGCAGGAUACACGUGACGUAAAAACCGCAAGCAUAUAGUGUACAUAUAAUAUAUUUGACAUAAAGCGUCGCACACAACUGAACGAACGUAACGAUGAUCGUACACGAGCAGCGUGCGAGAGAAAAAAAAAGGAAGGAAACGCGGAGAUCGCGGAGCAAAUAGGGGACAAAGAGGAGAACCCGGAAGCGGAAUACUCUAGCGGCUUGAGCUAGAGAUUAAGAUUUUCGUUGUUCGUUGUUAUAAGCUUUUAUAUUAAAAGAGGAAGAAGGGAAGGACGAAUUUUCGGACGGGAGUGUUACUUUAGCGCGCCGAAUUCACCAUACGAUUGCGUGUCUCGAGAGACGUGAGAGAACGAGAGAGAUGUGUAUCACUGUGUGCGUAUGUGUGUGCGUAUGCGUGUGCACGUAUGUGUGAUAUACCUGCGGGCUAAUUAAUUACAGCUGCGUAGAUUAUCGAUCGAAGCGUAGCGCAGCCACGUAUGCCUGAUAUCCACGUACGUGCACGCCGAUCCGGUCGGUUUUCGUUGAUGCGGUUACGUUUGUACGUUGAACAAGCUCUUUUCUGUUUUUUUUUUUUCAUUCGUUGAUUUUGCAUCGAUGUUGCUUUCGCCAUCAUCUGCGUCGGUGAUCGAGAGCGGAUCACUCCGACGAUCGUGCAACGAAAUCAUUGUAUCGUCAUCAACGCGCGCACCAAACGUUGCGGAAUUGACAUGGGGAAUUUUUCUUCCUCGCGAAAUUUUUUAAUGCAUCUUCUCCUCGUCACGACAAUCAUUCAAAGCGAUAACGUUUGGUACCUGGUAAAGAGGAUCCGCUCCGUACCGGAUAAAUCGUUUCUUUUCAGGAACUAGCCACUUGAUCGUGUCCACCUCAUGUCAAUUCUGACACAUUUGAUGUAGAAUAUAUUCUCACAUGUAAAAUAGGGCAUUUUUUUUUAUUGAUACAGACGAGUCGAUCAUUGCCGAUUUUGUUGUACAUCAGUAGCUGGCAGGGGUGGAUCUUCGUAACUCUAUUUGAACUUUUUCAUACAAUCAUACAACUGGCUGAAAGAAAUAAUUCGCUUUAGCUAAACUGAAGUAAUUCGCGAGAUUAAAAUGUCCAGGACACGAGAUUGUAAUUCGGUAAUUAUGAUUGAGCUGAUUUGUGUUAAAUAUUUGUAAAAAAUAAAUGAGAGAAUAUAAUGUUAAUUACUCGAUUGCGAUUUAUUUGAUAUUGUCGUUUUACUAUUAUUAUUGUAAUUACUGUAAUUAUUAUUAUUAUUAUUACGUUGUGUAUAGUUAUUCCUCCUUUGUUAUUCUUUGUUUGUUAUCCUUUGUUUGUAAAAAUUAUUGAAGACAUAUAAUCUUUGUGGAAUCGAUUUUUGAAAAAGUAAUUGCGUGAUUGUCUAGGAGCGUAUUUAAGAUGUCUCUUAAUCAGGAUUGUUUGUAAAGCGAGUCUUAAGAUGUCUCAGAACGGAGAUUUCUCUCCUCCCUCAGCUCCUUCGCAUCACAAGAGGCAUUAGUUUCUUUUGUUACUUUAUUAUUACGCCCCUAUGAGUGUCACGUGAUUAAUUCUGUUUCUGGAUCCGCCCCUGCUCAGCAGCAACAGCAGUAACCUCGAUAUAACAUUAACGUGUCACGACACCCGCUGUUCGCGACUCGAAUAGCGCGAACGAAUUUCGCUGGCGAAUAGUUUAACUGACAGGAUGCCAAAUGCCAAAUGUUAGCUCUAAGUAGUCCUAUAGCAAAUUACUCGUUUUUACGAUGAAUCCUCUCGCGCGGACCUCUCGUACGGGCGUCGCCGGGCAAUAUCGAGGUUUUGCGUCCCAUUUGUUGAGGACGGAGGAAUAGGAGGGAAGGAGAGCCGCAAUGACUUUGGCGGGUCUCUUUCGGAGGCUCGUCAAACUGAAAACAAUUUGGGAAACAUAUUUUUGCGCUCGCCAUAACGUUUCUUUGCGAAAGUGAAGUUAAAGUAACGUUAACUUUUUGCGUUAUCGGGAUCAUUCGAGAUCUCAAUUGCUUUUUUUCUUUUAGAAAUUAUUCGAUAUAGAUGUAUUUUAUCUGUUUUUAAUUAUUAUUCUAAAUUUAUUUUAUUCUAAUACAUUACAGAGAUUAGUUGUACUCGGUUAUAAUAUGUUGUAAAAUAAGUACAAUCGAAUGUCAUAAUUAACAUCGAUAAUAUAUGAGAAAUUCAUUCGGAUAUGCUUCGUCGCCGGACGCUCUUUCUUCGAAUGAGCCGCUUUUAAAAUGUUUUUUUUUUCUCUUGCGAUGCACGUCAAUAGUAAAUCCUUAGAGAUUCAUAAACGAGAUACAAUAUUACAUGAUGACGUAUGCAACAGGUCACGUUUCGUUAAAUUUUGUCUCGAGUUAAAAAAACGGUGAAAAAUCGUUACGUCGAAACGUCAUUCUUUCCACUAUUGGCCGAGAAUGUUAUCAUCGACCAAUCAAAGCGCGACUCGUGUCAUAUGAAGAGCUUACGUUGCACGCGGCGAUCACGAGGAGGAAUCGUGGUGCAUUUCGUUUUGCACGAUUAGCGUGUGCAAUGUCCAAAUUUAUUCUACGUAUUCCUGACGCAUUCCUUUUUACGCAGCUUGGCAGAUUUUCACGAUUUGGCGAUGUACAAACUCAUGCGGGCAUCUCGCGUUCGCGAACCAUGAUCUCGAUCAUGAUCGAUCAAUCCGUUUCCUGCUUAUGUCUUAAAACCGUUGCACAUGAAAGAAUUUUAAUCCCAAUCAUCAAAGUCGUAAGCAAGCUGAUCAACCGUAUCAAGCUUGGGUGCUUUCCAGCAGGGAAACACUGUGUCAUACAAUUAAACACAGUGUAGGGGUGCUUGCUGAACAAUCUAAUUUCGAUAAUAGUCUAGUUCGCGCUAAUAUAAAUUUUUUUCUUAAAUAAAUCCAUGAAAAUAUCUUUUCCAAUAAAACACGGAUGAUGUGCGGCAUCAUCAGGUGAUACAUUUUGCGCUUCAUUAUUUAUUCACUUAAUAUUUAUUAGACAAUUACACAGCAUCUGUACCAGUUUCAGCGUGAGAACAUCCACGGAUAAGAAAGAGCAUAUUUAUUAAUCUUAAGGGCUGCAAGUAUAAACAUUUUAAAAGUUACUGGAAAUGGUAAUCCUGAUUUACGAGAUAAUUAUCUCGACUUUGCUUCUAAGCUGCGUCGAGUUGUAUUGUGUCGUUGUAGGAAAGCACCUAUAUCGCACUGUGUUGCACCGUGUCACCUGUGUUGCUUGCUGGAAAGCACCCCAUAUUUACAUUGAAGAAUGUUUGCGUUGAGAGACUGAUUAAGUCGAUUUGCUCACGGUUGCGAUUAACUUUUUCACGUGCAACGUAGUCUUUACUGCUUGGGUUUUUCGUGGCGUCAAGGCCUUUAUCCUUGCCGUAGAUAGCGUCCAUGAUGAAAACCUGGAAGCGUCAUCGGGAUUAUCGAGGUGCGAUAAACGCACAUGAGGACGGACCGUCGAAGUAACGAGCGCUCCGCAUUAUGUCAGACGACUAGUGUUUCAAACACCCAGGGUAGAUUUUCUCCGACGAGUAUUGUAUUGCAAUGAAAAUCUGUUACUCGAUCGAGACACGAGCUCGCGUAUUGUCGGCUCGUUUUUGGUCCCUUUUAAUUAGCAAAGACAGGUGGCGUAUCAGAAAUGAACGUCAUUAACUUCGCGUCUAAACAAGCCUGGCAUCGAUGAAAAAAAAAAAGAAAAUGUUGCAUGACUCGCCGAGAGAUUGAAAAUACCUGCGGGAUAUCUGUUUAUAAUAUGCGGGAGGGAGGAAGGGGGCUGGGGGGAGGGGGAAUGGGCGUUUGACACGUCGAGAAAUGCCGAAAAUUAUUGACUCCGAGAGCACGGCGCUUUGAGGGUGUCGAUUGAAUUUAUAAACAUUUGAACGGACAGUUUUUAAUCGAAUUAUUGAAGGGGCCGUUCUCUUUUUUGUACCGCAUUCUUCUUUUCAUUUAAUUUCGGUGUUAAAGGCGAUGUAUCAUGCUUUAUCUUAAUAAAGCUCGCUGUUGCGACGAUCACUUUGGAAAAACACAAAGGAACGAAGCCGCACGGGUUUUUAUCUGCGAUAAUCCAGGCACCGUGUAUCGCGCGGGCAAAUACAGAUAAAACUGCGUCAGGAUAAACACGCGGAAUAAAUAUUUUCUCACGCAAUCGUUCCAGGUACAUUUAGAUAACCCGUAUGGACGUUUAUAGAACGUUACAGAUAGCGCGAAGCUUCCGAGCAACAAUUUGCGAGUUCCGUGUAUGAAAACUUCGGUCUCGCCAUCUCUGGUGUUCCAUCGCGGCGUAGAACUUCAAAGAGUUCACGACUCACCUGUCUUAUGCUUUCGCGACUGCGUCCGGCACGAAUGCGCAAUAAUAAUUCCCAAAUUAAAGGGAAAGAAAAAGACUCAAUUACUAUCGCGCGCGUAUCGUUAUCUCUCUCCUAUGGCGAAAAAUAUUAUCAAUUUUCCAAAUGACGAACGGCGGACACGAGUGCCCCUCAUGAAUUUGUAUACUUCCAUGACCGGCGAAUCGACUUGGAAAUCGAUCAAGUGCGGAAUUCGCGCGUUUAUAUGCCCACCGCGAGAUUACUUCGUAGACAAAUAAUUACGAUAUUCCUCUCCCCUUUCCCCGUAUUUUCAUAUGGAGAAAUAACGGUCACGUUGAGUGCAAUCGGUGAUUACAGUCGGUCGACUUCGCCGGACCGAGAGAUGCUUGAAAAAUAGGAUCGCCCGGAUAAUCGGGGGUAUCGCUGUCUCUCUUUCACCUUCCUCUCCCCCGGUCUCCUCCCUUCGAUUAUUCCGUUUACCGAUAAAAUUGUAAGUAGCUUACACGCGACAGGCCGCAUGGAAAAUACCUCGAAUGUUUGAAUGCAUUGUAAAGUAGCUUAACGUACGACAGGCUGCGAUGAAAAUACCUCGAACGUUUCGACUACUGCGCUACCAGCACCGUGUGGACGCGUACGCCUUACAGGCUCCACGUUAAUUUCCUCUCGCCUCUUUUUUUUUCGCCUGCGACUGCUCGCGAGAGACGUGCAUCGAGCGAUAUCCUUGAUUUUUACUCCCGCCUAUCUUUCGCCUCUUUAUUGUCUCAAUCAGCUUAUUGACUUCCAACGAAGAAAUCGCGGAUGUUGAUUCGCGCGGUAUCUUUCUUAUCAGCGUGGCGUCACGUCUAAUCUCGUAUUUCUAUCGUACACGGGGCAUGCAUUCUUCUUACUCAGCGUGCAACAGCUCGCAGAUAUUGAUAAUGAAAAAUGUGUUUCAUCAAAAUCAUUUCCUCGCCUCCUUUUGUCUCUAUUUAAUGACGAACCGUUUCGUCCUUCGAUACAUCGGUAUAACUCUUUUUCCGAUUAAUUGAUGACUGAAGUAGGUAAUUUCCAUGAAUUCAUUCCUGCGUUUCGAAACGCGCGCAAGUGAUCUCCAAUAUUUAUUCGGGCAAUAGACGUAAGAUGCAUUCGCCCAAAUCCGUAGCGCUUAAAAGUCGAACUCGCAUUGAGAUUACGCCGUUUCCAAUCUCUGUUCGCGAAUCGACCGAGCCGCUGGUGAUAAAUCGCGCGAAUUCGACGCCGGCGAGCGAGCGGCGAACGUUAGGGAUGACGUACACGCGUCUUCCCGACCGAAUCCCGAAUCUUUUUUACGUUAAGAAAUCCCUCGCGCUUUAAUCGGUUCGAUCCAAGCCACGGGGAACUCGCGUCGCGAACGGAUUUCAACCCUCGUUCGCGCGCCGCAUUUCCCUCUUCCUCCUCCAAGCCCCCUCGUAUCCCGAGCGAAUCGUAUCGCGUGGUGCGACUCGGUGCGCGAAAGAGGAAACGCGAUCGAUACCGAGAGAGAGAGUGAGAGAGAGAAAGAGAGAGAGAAGGAAACGAGAAGAGCGAUCGGGCGAUUCGUACCCCGAACGAGAUUCGCAACGACGCAACGUACCAUUGCACGAGCGCAGCUUGAAAACUCUUAAUCCGCGGUAUCCUUUUGCCGAAUAAUUCCGCGGCGAGGAGGAAGUGGAGCGACCUCGAGGAGUCUCACGAACCCAGCUGUAUAGUCGUGCGUACAUAAUAACGACCACGUUUUGCGAACGAACGAACGAACGAUUGAUUGAUGGACGUUCAUCGAAUUUGCGGAUUUUUGCGACGACACUGCGUGGCGAUUCCGGAUCCGAGAAAUUUGUCCGGAGACUCGAGAGUCUCUCGUCGUCAGAGAGUCCCAGAGAUUGUCGGAGAACCAACGUGGAGCGGAUAUCUCGGGUUGAGGCGAUGUUAAGGCGAACGUCGAGUAGUUUACUACACCGCGCGUAUAUAUAAAUAAAUAUAUAGAUAUAUAUAUAUGUAUAGACAAUAUAUAUAUAUAUGUAUGUGCAUAUGCGAAUGCGAGAGAACACGAGCGGAAUUCGGCCUGCUGAUCACUCCGUCCCGCGACAGACACACUGUAAUUAUAUGCAUUGUAAAUACUCAAUUGACGAAGUACGUUAGGCAAAAACAACACGAGCGUAUCGCGUAAUUGUAAAUAUUAAACAUGGAAAAGAUAUUUGUUAAAUAUAGAAUAUGUUACGUUUUGCAAGAA